CUACAAACACAUCCACUGUUGUCGGUGCAGACCCUAGCACCUACGUCCACAGCCCUCACGCAAGUGGACCUCCAGGACUCAGUGUUGACUUAUAUCCCGUGGACCCAGCCGCUAACCACCAUCCCUACAUCGGGCGUGCAGUUUGCCUUUCACCCUGCCACUCUGGCUGGGUCUCAGUUGCUUCCCAUGUCCAUGACAGUGACCCCCACCAUGCCCCAGCAGGACCCCCAGCCCCUGGAGCAGAGUCUUGCUGUGGCUGAAGAGCCCAACCCUCUGGGGAAACUUCUGGAGGACCAGGAUCAGGAUGACAAAUACACAUAUGUGAACAGUUCCUCAAACUUCAUCCCCAGUGUCUAAGAUAUAUUAGUGUUGGAGCCAGUCAUAAUCAUUUUUGAAAUGUUUACAGAAUGCUUAUGAAUGUUUUAUCUAUGGGUUAUAAAUGAAUGUAUUAUGUCGGUAACCCUUGUAUUUCUAUUGCUCAUAAUUCAGGUACAUGGUGCUUGUAGUCAUUCUUUCCUUUAUGUUGUAAUGUACAUUGAAGUACUGUGAAUUGCUUUUUUUAUGAUGUAAAAGGAACAGUGUUGUAGUUUGACUAGUUCUAUUAUUUACUUUACAAGAGUUUUGCUGAAAAAUAACUGCUGUCAUGUAUUAUAGAUGCUGUAACUGAAAGACAGGCCUUGAAUGAUUUGUCCCGCAUCAAUUUAAAUUACUUGUAAGAUGUUUAUUUGUUAAAGAAAUACCUCCUUUCUGACAACCAUAAUCGAAUACAGUUGUUUUAAAAGUAGGUACUCUGAGACGUCAUUCAAUUGUUAAAUGAACCCAUAUUGAUAUUUAUCCAGGGUCUGCUUUGAAGAGUAUUUGACAUAAAACAUGAAAACAUCAUCUUGCCUGUAGCCUUGCACUCUCUUGUCAUUAUCUUUUGAAAUCAGAAUUCAGAAGUUAUGGCUGUCAGCUAACUAUGGUCCAAGAGUGGGAAAGGCCUUGGUUCUCUGUUUAUCUGGCUGUCCCAUCUGUGGCUCCCCUGUGGGGUUUUUAUGUCUACCACCCCCCAGGCCCCAGGGGAAACUGUCAGAGAAGGGGCUCUGAAGCACACCUGCCACACCCACCUGAAGAAAACCAACUACUACAGGUCUGAGGUCCAGCAAGACUGCUCUUGUGUUCUUUCAGUUUAUUGGUUUGUGUUUGAGGGAAUGUUUACGUUACAGUAUGUUACAUUACAGUAUUUAGAGAUCCUGAAGACCGUGUGAGGCUUCAAAAUGUAUUAUGUCAAACAUAUUCUGUCAAUAAUUGUCAAACCUCUACUCUUUCUGUAUGUUUUUAAUGAAAGUUAACUUGUAAAUUAAUUUGAAUGCCAUUACUCAAUUUAAGACUUCAAUAGCAUACUAAUACGUUUCAGAGUGGACAGAACUGACAGUUCUAAGGCCUCAUACGAUAUGCUCUAAACACAACUA